AUGACAAAUGGUGGCGUACAAGGUCCCUUGGAGGGUUAUAAUUCGCUAGAUGAGCAUAUACUAACCAUGAGUACAACACAAUAUCCAGCCACCACAGUUGGCUAUGUACAUCCGAAGUGGAUAGAACCGUACUUUGAUCCGUCAACGCCGCGCAAUGUCACCGCACUAAUGGGCAAAUCGGCAUAUUUGAGUUGUCGCGUACGCAAUUUGGGCAACAAAACGGUGUCGUGGAUACGCCAUCGCGACAUACACAUACUCACCGUUGGUGCAUAUACAUACACAUCCGAUCAGCGCUUCCAGGCGACACAUCACCAGGACACCGAUGACUGGACGUUACAAAUAAAAUGGGCACAAAGGCGUGAUGCCGGGAUGUAUGAAUGUCAAAUAUCCACGCAGCCAGUACGCAGCUACUUUGUGCGGCUCAACGUUGUGGUGCCAACAGCGACCAUCCUUGGCGGGCCUGACCUUCAUGUCGACAAAGGCAGCACCAUAAAUCUUACAUGCACAGUGAAAUUCAGCCCCGAGCCGCCGGCCUACAUUUUCUGGUAUCAUCACGAGGAGGUCAUCAAUUAUGAUUCGACACGUGGUGGCGUUUCGGUAAUUACUGAAAAGGGUGACAUCACAACGUCGUUCCUGCUUAUACAAAAUGCCGACUUGGCCGAUUCGGGGAAAUAUUCCUGUGCACCGUCAAAUGCUGAUGUCGCCGCCGUACGAGUGCAUGUGCUCAAUGGUAAGUACUAA